AUGAGUUCUUCUGAUGGAAAAUUCUUCACUAAAGUGAAGAAUGCAUUCAAAUCUGAUAAAAGAGAUUCCACAUCUCAAGCAUCCCCAAAGAAAACACAAAAACCAUCCACUCAUACUACCUCAAAAGACCAUGAAGAUAUAGUCGAUGAAGCUUACAAUGAAGGUCGUAAAUUUUUCCAUCGUAAACAGAAAUCCGGUGCUAGUACUAUCAGUGACUCAAAAUCAAAAUCUUCAACAACUGGUACUACAACUACAGAUGCUCAACACCAUAAAGAAAUUCUCAAAGAAGCUUAUGAAGAAGGUCAUAAAUUAUUUCAUUUCCACGCUAAACAUGGUAAAACACCCCAUACACCAACUCAGACCCAUGAUGCAAAAUUCGCUACUGGUGUUGGUGCAGCCGCGGUUGGUGCUGGCGUAGGUGCUGCUGAAGCUGAAGCUGAUGCUACAACUACUCCAUCCAGCAGUAGAAAUGUUACUUCUCCUACUUCUGGUACAGAUAAAGAGAUCUUGGCUGAAUCUUCUGUCGGCCGUGUUGUAACUUCUCCACCAAGACGUUCCAGAGAACCACUUGAUCAUACAAUCACUGGUGAUUUUGCUAACUCCAAGCAACCAACAGACCCAACAGUCAUUACAGGUGGCAAAGUAGAUAACGAACAUCAACCAGGAGUAGAUGAUGAUGGCGAACAAAACUACACAGAAGGUGCCAAGACCAUUGAAGGUGAAGGUACAUUCUUUGAUCCUAAAGAUACUCAAGGUGGACUUCUUUCUGUUAGUACUGCCACUACUGCUGCUGCUGUCGGAGCUGGAGCUGGUGCUGGUGUUGCUGCUGCUACAACAAGAAGCACUUCUGAUGAAUCAAAAUACAAUGAAAGAACUAAAGCUGAGUACAAUGAUCUUUCAAAUUUAAAGACAGAACCAAGCGCUUAUCACAAUGAUAAUCAAGGUUCCGGUAUUGCUCUUGAAGAUGAUUUUGAUUUCCAAGGCAUUAAAGAAGAAGCCUACCAAGAAGGUAAUAAACAAGGUAGAGUUGAGUAUCAAUCUUCUGCCAUGGAAGAACACUCUACUGGUGAAAAAACUGGAGGUAGAGGAACUGCUAUUGUUGGUGGAUCUUCCAAAGUUGAUCCUGCUAAACAAAGAGAAAUCCAUGAGGAAAACAAGUCUGCUUAUAAUCCAGAUGGUGUUACUGGUAUUCUUGAACAAAAUCAUCAUCCUCAAGGUACUUCAACUAAAUCAAACAGAGAUGUUACUAGCUCAACUGGUGGUUCUGUGCCAUCAUCUCAUGAUCAAUCCAAGGAUUCAACCACUGGUACAUCCCAGUACCAGAACAAAGAUUCUGACAACUCUGGUGUGUCUUCAAAGGGUGGUGAUGCUUCGAAUGUAGCCUCUGGUGCUAAGACUACUUCAGCCACAGGUGCUGCUGCCGUUGCUGGCUCCAGUGCCCUUGCUGCUGGUAUUAUUGCCGCAGCAGGUUCCGGUCCUGAUGCUGCCACUGGUACCACUUCUGAGUCAGGUGUUGGUGCUACUCUGGUUGGUAAUACACAAGCCAAUUUAGAAGAUGACAAGAAAAUUUCUGAUCUUGAUAGAGAACUCAAACAAACUGAAGCAAAAAUUGACAAUUUGAAACAAAAACCAAGUAAUGCUUCAAGUUACGCUGUUCAUAAUGAACCAAUUCAAGCUCCAAAACUUCAAGAUGUUGGUGAUGAAGAUGACAUAGUUGUUUCUACACCAGAAACCAGCUCCAAGACUAAUACUACUGGCACUAGUGCUGGUGUUGCCGCAGGGGCUACCGGGGCAUUGGGAGCUGCCGCUGCUUACUUGGGUUUGAAAAGAGGAUCUUCUGCUACCAAAGAACUGGAACCAGUGUCUUCAUAUGGUGCCUCUAAUACUGUCCCGGAUUCUGCUUACACUGUUGGUAAAGAACAAUCUGUUCAAGAUUCUGCUUUUGUUGAAGGACAAGCUGCUGUUGUCAAUGAUGAAGCUUACGCAGCUGGCUACAAACAAGGUAAGGACCUUUAUCAAGGUAUUGACAAGAAUUCCACCCAACAUCGCGAUGCUUUGCUCGGUGCUAAUACUACUUCAGCCAACGAAGGAACUAAAACUUUAGAUCCAAGUGCUGGUGGAAGUGCCUCCCAAACAGGUGGUCUUUUCCAAUCUACCAAAGAUGCGGCUAUUGGUGCCACUGUCGCUGCUGCUGGAGCUUUAGGUUUAGGUGGUGCCGCUGCUGCCACUUCAGGAAUAUCUUCUAGUGACAAAAACAAAGACACAUUGGCUGAUGCUUAUACUUCAGGAAGAUCCAAAGGUGAGACCAACUUUAAGCCUACUGGUGGAUAUGCUAGUUAUGAAGAUGAUAUUACCAAAGAAGCUUACCAAGCUGGUAAAGAUAAGGCACUUUCUGAACAUAAUGCUACUUCUCGUGCUGGUACUGAUACUUCUUCAAACACUGGUUAUUUGGCUGCUGCAGGUGCUACUCUUGCUGGGGCAGUUGGUGCAGUUGGUGCUACUCUUGCUGGUGGCAAAUCGUCAAAAGAACAAGAUGUUGAGGAUUCUUUAAUUGAAGAUGCUGAGAAAGUUGAUCCAGCGAUCGCCAAACUACCAUCCCAUAGAGUUAACAAAGGCGAAUUGGCCAAGGAAGAAACUCUUGGUAAAGAUGCUUCUGUUUUUGAAAAAGAACUUGUCAAUUCAAACGAGAGAAAUCAAUGGGAAAGAGAAACUGAUGAUUAUAACAAGAAGCAUGGUUUUACUAAUCCAAAGGAAAGUUUACUUCAAGAAGCUGAAGAUGUCGAUCCUAGUAUCAACAAGUUGCCAUCUCAUAAAACCAACAAGGAUCAAUUGAAGAAAGAAACAUCAUUGAGUAAAACUGCAACAUUACCUGAAAAGGAAGUUGUUUACGAUAAUGAAGAGAGAAUUUGGGAAAAAGAAACUGAAGAUUACAACAAAUCUCAUGGAUUCACCAAUCCUAAAGAAUCUUUGCUUCAAGAAGCUGAAGACGCUGACCUGGCUAUUGGAAGAUUACCGGCUCAUAGAACCAAUGAGAAACUGUUGAAGAAAGAAGAAACUCUUGCUCCAAAUGCUGAUUUUGAUGAACGUGAAUUGGUUGCUGAAAAUGAAGUUAGAGAAUGGGAAAGAGAAACCGAUGAUUAUAACAAGAAGCAUGGUUUUUCUAACCCUAAGGAGUCGUUACUUCAAGAAGCUGAAGAUGUUGACCCUGCAAUUAACAAAUUUCCUUCUCAUAAAACUAACCUGAAGGAAUUGGACAAUGAAACUACUUUGAGUAAACAGGCUACUUUACCUCAAAGGGAAGUCGUCUAUAGCAAUGAAGAGAAAAUCUGGGAUAGGGAAACUGAAGAAUAUAAUAAAUCUCAUGGUUUCACUAAUCCUAAGGAAUCUUUACUUCAAGAAGCUGAAGAUGCAGACUCGGCAAUUAAUAAGCUUCCAGCUCAUAAAACUAACAAAAAUGAAUUAAAGAAAGAAGAAUCAUUAGGUGAUAAUGCCACUUUUACCCAACGUGACGUUGUUGAAAACAAUGAAUUGAAUGAAUGGGAACUUGAGACUGAAGAUUAUAAUGUUCAACACGGUUUUGCUAAUCCAAAAGAGUCUUUACUUCAAGAAGCAGAAGAUGCUGAUCCAAGAAUCAACAAAUUACCUGCUUAUGGAAGUUCUGGUGCUGUUCCAACAGCUUCUAAGGAUGCAUCUACAGCCAACAAACCAGUGUAUGGUUCAACUAGUGCAAGCAUUGCUUCUCCAACACAUACCACUAACAAAUCUGCAGGUACUACUACUGCUGCUCCAGAUGCCAACAAAGAUUCGUCAUCUUCCAAAGGUUAUUUGGCAGCUGCUGGAGCUGCUAUUGGUGGUGCAGUUGGUUAUGCAUUUGGUAGUAAGAAUUCUAAAGAGCAAGAUGUUGACGAUUCAUUAGUUCAAGAUGCUGAGAAAAAAGAUUCAACAAUUGCAUCAUUGCCAGCCCACAAAGUCAAUGAGAAGGAAUUGAAAGCCGAAACUACUCUUGGUCCUAAUGCCACUUUGGAAGAAAAGGAGCUUGUUAAUGCAAACAAUAGAAAACUUUGGGAGCAUGAAACUGAUGAAUACAAUAAAUCUCAUGGUUUCGAACCACCAAAAGAAAGUUUGCUUCAAGAAGCAGAAGACAGUGAUACUAGAAUUGCAACAUUACCAGCCCAUACUAGUUCUGAGACAAUCCCACAUUCAUCAAAGAAUGUUCCAUCUGAAACUGAUGCAACUUCAAAUUCAAGUUCAAAGGGAUACUUAGCUGCCGCAGGAGCUGCACUUGGUGGUGCUGUAGGUGCUGUGGGUUCGACUAUUGCAGGAGGUAAUAAAUCAUCUAAAGAUCAAGAUGUUGAUGAAUCUUUACUCGAAGAUGCAGAAAAUGCUGAUCCAAAGAUUGCCAGUUUGCCACCUCAUAAGGUUGACCAAAGAGAAUUGGAUAGAGAAACUAGCCUUGGUAGAAACGCUACUCCUGCUGAAAGAGAAGCUGUUAAAUCUAAUGAUAGAAAACUCUGGGAGAAAGAGACCGAGGAUUAUAAUAAGAAACAUGGUUUUGGAAAUCCAACUGAAUCUUUGAUUCAAGAAGCUGCCGAUGUUGAUCCAGAUAUUAAAAAGUUCCCUGCUUACAAGGCUAACAAGAAUGAGCUUGAAAGAGAAACCACGCUUGGAGCUGGAGCUACUGUUGAUGAAAAGGAAACUGUUUACUCCAACGAUAGAAAGCUUUGGGAAAAGGAGACCGAAGAAUACAACAAACAACACGGUUUUACUGGCCAACCUGAAUCCUUGAUUGCUGUUGCCGAGGAUGCUGAUCCAUCGAUUGCAAAGUUACCAUCUUACAAAACUGACCCAAAUAAAUUGAAUGCCAAUGCUACUUCUGUACAAGAUGAUAAUGAUGUCCAAAAAUUGCCAGAUAAUUAUCCUACCGCGAGGCCAGAAGAAGUAAAGAAGUCACUUGCCGGAUCUGCUGCUGGUAUAGCUACUUCUAGCACCACCACAGGUGCUGCCACUGAUAUUUCUGAAGUAGGCUUAACUGAAACCGAUUUGUAUCAAGAAGGGUAUAAAAAGGGUAAACUUGAAGUUACAUCGACAGUAUAUUCUGAAGCUAAAUUACCAAACCACCAAAGAACUAUAUCUGGAGCUUCUUACAAUGCCACCAAACCAAUUGGUGAAUCUGAAUUACCAGAACCUAACAUUGACAAUUCUUAUGUUGAAAAACUGAAACGUGAUUCAAAAUCUUUGCCAGCUGCUACUGCCGUUGCUGCUGCCGCUGCUGGAGCUGGUGUUGCUGUUGCUGCUGCUGAAGCCAAAAAGGGGUUGAGUAGUGCAAAAGAUGCUAGAUCUUCCUUAGAACCAUCUUUCCAGCAAGAAGCUUAUAAUGAAGGCUAUUCCCAAGGUAAGCACCCAUAUUUAGGUAAACAACAAGAAACUACUGGUAUUGAUCCAAACUUGAAGCAAUCCAGCUAUGAUACUGGUGUUGCUGCUGGUAUUGUUCCAAACUUAAAACAAGCAAGCUACGAUACUGGUUAUUCCCAAGGAAAUAAAGGACUUGGCUCCACUGAUCCAAACUUGAAGCAAUCCAGCUAUGAUGCUGGUGUUGCUGCUGGUAUCGCACCAAAUUUGAAAGAAGCAAGCUAUGAUACCGGUUAUUCUCAAGGAAAUAAAGGACUUGGUUUUACUGAUCCAAACUUAAAACAAGCAAGUUAUGGUGCUGGUUAUUCACAAGUAGCUGAUGUUCUUGAUGAAAAAUUGAAGCAAGACUUGUACGAACAUGGGUAUGCUAAAGGAAGCACUGAGGCUAAACAAGAGAGAGAUGCACAUAGAACUGGUGCUGGAUCCUACGGUAGCCAUGCUGGUUCAAAUCAUAGAGAAGCUGCUGUGAUUGGCUCUCUCGGAGGUCUUGCUGCGGGUGCUGCUGCACUUGGUGCAAGAGGAUCUCAAAACCAAACUAAACCAACCCAAGAUGAAUUUAUUGAUUCUCGUGGUCAUUCAAAUGAUGUUCGUAACAACUCUGAUGAAAACUUGGUUGUUGAAGUUAUUGGUAUUGAAGACAAAGAUGAAGCAUUAAGAACUGCUAAAAAGGCAUCCAAAAAAUUAGAUGACAAAGGUGUUGAUUUGAGUAGUGGGAAAUUAGUUAUCAAUGCAAACACUAAAGAAAUCUACAAGGAUGAUAAUUAUAGUGCUUCUGGUGCUGGUACAAGUGGCUCAAGUGAGUUGGGUGGUCAGAAAAGUAGAGAUGUUUCAUCACCAUCUACUAGUCAUCAAACCCAUGAAAGUAAUCCAUUUACUUCUUCCACUGCUUCCGAUGAUGGUGGUAAAUUAGAUACUUAUCAACAAACAGAAGCUGCUAAAAAGAGAUUAGCUGAAGCUGCCAGAAAGAAUGUUAGUUCCGCACAAAAACAUACACAGGGAUCUUCUGGAUUGACUCCAAUUGAAGUUGCUGCAUUGAGUGCUGGUGUUGGUAGUGGUGUUGCUGCUGCCGAGCACGAAAAAGGUAUUGAGAGAAAGGAUAGAUCAUUAUCUCAAGAAUCUCCAGAUUCUAGUCCUGCUCAAAAGCAUAAGUACCCAGACUCUACUGACUAUUCUGGCCAACCACCAAUCAAAAAGCAGGAUACCAAUGAUAGUCCUGACAUUACCACUUCAUCUGGUACAACUUCAUCAUCUGCUCCAGUUGCUCUGGCUGCUCCAGUUGCUCCGGCUGCCACUGAGGACGAUGAAAUUUUUGUCAAUGUCAAAGGCAUCAAAGAUAACACUCUUGCCACUAAGAUUGCUAGAACUGCUGUUGCUAGAUUACAAAAAACUCACGCAGCAAUUGUUGCCAAUGUGAAAGAAUUGCAAGUUGAUGCUAGUAGUGGUAUUGUCAGAGAUGAAAAUGGUAAUGAAAUUGCUCAGUAUCCAGAUUUGGCCAUUGAAAAGAUCAAUAGUAACAAGAGAGUUGCUAGUCAUGAAUCAAAAUCACCAAUUCAAGGUUCAAAAUCUCCAUCUCAGCAACAUACUAAAUCUCCAUCUCAAACUCCUAAAUCGCCAACCACUAGUCAUAAUCACGGUGACAAUCAUCAUCAUUUCGGUCAUGGCUCACCAAUGUCACUUCGUGAAAACAAAAAGGAGCCUUCAACUGGAUUAGUUAGUGGUGCACUUGCUGGAUCGGUUUCUGGUGGAUUGGCUGCUGCUGCCGCCGCUGCUGCUAUUAGAAAAUCACACGACUCUGAUAGACCAGAAAUCACUGCUGAUGCUGCACCAUCUGCACCAGCUUCUUCAUCUCAAUCAGGUGUUUCUUCUACUGAUCGAUCAGUUGGAGAUUCUAGAACCGGAUCCAGCAACAAGUCUGUUAAGCCAUCUACUUCAGCUGGACAUCAUGAUUCUGCUAAAACUACCUCUAGUGGUAUCAGUGGUGCUAAUGAUACAACCACUGCAUCAUCAGGAAGAUCCACUAUUCCAGGUUUCAACUUUGCUGGUAUUCCAGGUUUCAAUGGUCCUGCUCCUUCUACCAGUGGUCAAUCUAAAGAUUCCAGUUCAUCUGCUGGUGGCUAUAGUGAACCAACUACAACUUCAACUGAUGUUGGUGCAAGUUCCAAUCCAACUGUUUCUUCAUCUUCAGGAAUCAAAUCUACUGGAUCUAAUGGUUAUAAUGAAUUAUCAAAGGCUCCAAAGUAUCCAGACCAAAAAGAACCAGUUAGUCCAUCAUUGAAUUUCACUUCCCAACAAGCUAACAUUCCUGGAUUAGAUGAUUCUGUAAGAUCCGAUACUGGUGGUUAUGCUUUAGAUAGUACUUCACCAAAGAAAUUACAAACCAAGUCAAAUAAUUUUGGUGUCGAUACUAGCGCGGAAGAAGCUACUUCAUCUGGAGUUAGAUCUGCUGAGGUUCCAAAGAGUUUUGUUGCUCCUGAAACAUCUGCUAUUAAACAUGAAUCCAGAACUGUUGGUAGUGAUCCUACUGUAACUGGAAGUAGUAAUUUGAAUUCCCAAUCCACCAAACCUGUUACAAAAUCAGCAUCUGCAGAACCAGAAGAUGAUCCUAAUUCAUCUUUUUUCUCAUUUGCUGAAACUAGUACUUAUUCUAUGCCAGGUACUUGGACAUAUUAA